AUGCCUCUUCAUGAGCAAAUCAAAUACAAAUUCAACUUCGGAAGCAAUAUUUCGGUCACAAUUGAAACGGAUUCACUGGAGAAUGAGGUUGAGUCGUGGAUCCAAGAUGGCGAUCAAAUGCAGAAAUUCUGGAACAGCUCAAGGACUAAAAGCAAGGCAUUCGAACAGUAUGAUGAACCAGAGGCUCCGCUGAGUGCCAUCAUUAAAAGCUUCGCCGAUAUCAUUGAGAACGACAAUCAGCAUCCAUCAACCGUAAUGCUCAAGAAGCAGGUGGUGCUACUCACCGAUUACAUACCAGUCAACGUCACAGAAGCUAUGAAUACCAUCACCAGUGUAGCUAUCAGCCGCGCUGUUAACUUUCCUGUGUAUUCUAGCGCCAACGACAUUAUCUCGGCCAAUGUACGAUGGAAUUUCCAGAAAACCCUUGAUUUUGAGUUUCCCAAGUCGGUAUAUCAGGGCAAACCCAGCAAUCGCGAAAAGCUAUUCAUGAUGGGAUUCGAUGCAGGAACGGUCUUACAGGUUAUGAAAAGCACUGCAGCAAGCGAACUAUGCAGUCUUCCCUCCAAUAAAAUGCUCAGUGAUUUUCUGGUGCUAAAAUUUGCCCAUAAUGGCUCUGCACAUGAUCUAACAAUUCCAUUUCUCGGAGACCGAACUACCAAUUUUGCUCAACAUUGCAUCGAAAACAUCGACGAACAGUUGGGCGUCGACAGUGGAGAUGGUUGUGACGACGCGGUCAUUGAAGUUCUUGACGAGUUUGUCAACAGUCUUCGAGACAGCCAGAAUUUUUCCUCUCUUCUCAUAACGGACACAAAAUGUGCUGCUCAGAGGAUUGCCAAUUUCAGCGAGCCGCUCGCUGGCGAAAGUAUGGUGCGACUAAUCUCUUCGCAGAACCUGAAUGAGGUGUUCGACGAGCUCACGCUCCCACUUUUCACGCAUGGCUAUCUAAACUCAAGUUUGAAUAGGCAGAUCGUGCUUAAUACUGCCUAUUAUCUCGGCAACUUUUCCACAUCAUGCAGAUCUGAAAUGCCACAU